AGUAGAAUUUGUGGCGUUGUUGCUGUUAAUUGUCGGGUUUACAGUCAACUUCACCACGUUUAGGCCCCAAAAUGAUUCUCUGCUGGUUCCGCUGAUGUUCCGGCUUUGGACUCCGGUCCGGACAGUUCUCAAGAGGUUCUGCAGCGCUUCAGACAUGCCGAACCCGAGAGGAAAGUUCUUCUACGCUGUCAGGAAGGGAGUGAAACCCGGAGUGUACGGGUCAUGGGAAGAGUGUAAGAUCCAGGUGGACAAGUUUCCAGCUGCGUUGUUUAAGAAGUUUGGAUCAGAACGAGAUGCCUGGGCGUUCUUCAGAGGAGAAGACCCGUCUGCAGUUCCGGGCCACAGCACAGGGACCCGGCCUGGAGAGACAGACGUCUCUCUGCUGCCCAGACGGGGCCCAGAGCCGGUGGAAUGCAUCCCGCUAGGAAAGAAGAGGCCCCGCCCAGAGGAGGGGGCGGAGCUUCAGCCUAAACGAGCCAAGCCUAAACGAGCCAAGCCAUCAGAGAGCCUGUUAGCAGGAAGCAGUGAUGGAUUCACCUACAUGGGUGAUGCGGUGGUGGUGUACACCGACGGCUGCUGCUCAGCCAACGGGCGGGACCGGGCCCGGGCUGGGAUCGGGGUGUACUGGGGCCGGAACCACCCAUUAAAUGUUGCAGAGCGGCUGCAGGGGCGGCAGACCAAUCAGAGAGCAGAGAUUCAGGCGGCUUGCAGGGCCCUGGAACUGGCCCGGCAGAACCACAUCCAGAAGCUGGUUCUCUAUACUGACAGCAAGUUCACCAUCAACGGUGUGACCAGCUGGGUGAAGACCUGGAAACUGAACGGAUGGAGGCUGAAGUCUGGCGGUCCGAUCACCAACAAAGAAGAGUUUAUGAAGCUGGAUCAGCUGAACUCAGAGCUGGACGUUGUCUGGAUGCAUGUCCCGGGCCACGCCGGAUUCACCGGGAAUGAGAUGGCGGACCGGCUAUCCCGGGAGGGAGCAGCCAAGGACCUGCUGUGAAAAGUUUAAGAUAUUUUCUGAUUUUCUUUCUGCUCAGGGUGAAUAAAGUUUAGUUUUCUUCCGA